CAUCCUCUGGGAAAGCAAGAAGCUUCCUGGAAGAUGGAAUAAUUGAUUUAGCUGACUCAACUAGGCACCAGAAUGAUAUGAAUAGUGAGCUACUGGGUGCUCAGGAGAGUAGGAUAUUUCAGAGAGAGGUUUCUGUUGAGUCAGCUCCUCAAGUGGAGCACCCAAAGGAGCCUUUUUCAUAUGAGUGCAUGCAAGAGGCUGACCAGUCAGAUGUAGAGAUGGAAAAAGCACGAUUAUCAGAUAUGGAUUAUUGGUCAGAUAACUCAAAGUUUGAUCACCCUUGUGCAAGUGAGGAGUUGGAGCAGAUCAGUGCGAGUAAGCAGCCUGAGUUAUUUGGCAGUGGUGCAGAUAGUGAUCAGCCCCUGCCUGCAUUUGAUUCAGAGCAAGUGCGACCGACAACUGUGGUGCCAGUGAUUGAAGUUCUGAAGGAGAAUGAGUUGCCUCCAGUUUCCACAGUGCGACCCAAUGAUCCUGUGAACUACAUGAGGGCCCCUUCUGAUGAGCUGAAGAGGCUCAGAAGCAGGAACCACUAUGAGGGUCGUAGAGCAGCAGGACUUAUAUACCUCCAUAUACAGUAGGGCCAAAUUGUUUGAUAUGAAGUGGAUAGACUGGGAACAUAUUGAUAGCAUAGAUCAGUUUGCUUGUGUCAGGGAGCGAUGUGCCCAUCUGGGGCUUGAGCAGAUCAUGAGUUAUCAUUGUGAUUGGGACAGUGAGCUGAUUAGGCAGUUUUACUCUACAGUUCACAUCAGUGCCGACAAGAGCUCUAUGACUUGGAUGGCAGAUGGUAGGAGGAUCACUACCAACAAGAAAGCAUGGGAAGAGAGGUUUGGCAUUCCUGGCGGUGUUCACACUGAGAUUCACUCGCAGUUUUUACUUGAUGAUGAUGACAAGAGGAUCCUGUACACAGCUACAGAAUGCACACUUGGCCAAAUCAGUGGCCUCUCUCCUUUGGCUAGCAUAGCCAAUAAGAUUAUUAGAACGACCAUCUAUUCCAAGUCUGGAAAUACACUUCACGCACAUAAUUGGAACGUCCUAUAUCACAUUGUGGAGCAGCAUCCAUUUGACAUAAUUGCUUUGAUCUUUGGUGAGAUAGAAUUGUUUAUUUCGGAUCGCAAUCGCACUAAAGACCUGCUGUUGUAUGCACCAUACAUCAUGGGGAUGAUUAUGAGCGCAUUUGAAUACGACGGACCUAGAGAAUCCAAGCACAAUUCCUACAAAAAACCCAGACCCAGGCAUUCCUACAAGCUGAAACGGACAAAAAAAGUUAGUCGUCCACCAGCACAUGCAGUAUCUGCAACUUUUGAGCAACCUCCUUCAACAUUUCAGUCAGAGGUUGAGGCAGCUGGACAUCAGCCUCAGGGAGAUGCAGUCCCGGGGCAAGCCGUGCUACCUCAGGCUAUCACACGCAAAGAUCUCCUUCAGGUUUUUGAGGACAGACUAAGGCCAAUAAGAGACUCAUUAGCCAGCAUGGAGGGCAGGUUUGGCAGAGUUGAGGGUGGACCCACUCUCCCGAUGCAGCAUACCAAUGACUCUUCAUCUCAGAUCCCAGCUCCACAUUCCUCUCCGGCACCAUCCCUUCAGGCUACUACUCCAACACUGCCUCUGGCUCCAGCAGUUUCUUCUGAGCAGGCCAGCAGGAUGCGUGUUGCCAACUUCGGUGUCUCAGCUUAACCAGCUCUUGUGAAUUCAACUCCUUUUAGUCAGCCAGUUCUUGUGAGGCGAGGUCCUUUUAGUCGCUUUCCUUGGUAUCAAAUGGAGAAGUGAUAGGUAUAGGUGUGACCGUCUUAGUAGGGCACGGUGGCUAUCCUGCACUCAGUAUCUCAGUUAUUUUGUGUGCGUAUAUAUAUCUUGGAUUUCCCUGUACAUUUCUUGUAUAAGGAAAGACCUUGAGAAGCUUAUCCUAUGUCAUGCUGAUUGAGACUUGAGAAAUUAGCACUAUGAUGACAAGCACCCAGUGUUAAUGAUGUUUUAGUAUUGACCCUUGAAUCUUGCAAAUACUACAGCUUUGAUCUU